UGAAUCAAGACCAGCACUUUGAGUCUGUGGAGCUACAUGAAGACAGUCAUUGUUUGCUUCCCAUCCCUUAAACAGAAUUUCCUGGGGAAGAACUCUCUUCAGGUCUAGAGCACCAGGCCAUUACGUCCCUUAAGUACCACUAAUGACUUUUAUUACAAGACCUAGAUUAAUAAACAGGUUUGCACUUUAUAUUUCUAACUUCACAUGCAGAGGUGCUUAAAGAGACUUCACUUCCAUUUUCAAUCUGAUGAUAUAACAGGCCAAACAAAUCUCAGAAUACAGCCUCCCCCACACCACCCUCAGAGGGUGCAGCAAAGUGACAAAAUGCUUGACUUCAAGGAUGGCAAGUGGUUAAACAACGGCAGCUCUUUCCAUCCACUUCCCCCUUCCUCGAACAAAGUGCAGCAUAAUCAAGAUCUCAGAAAGGAGAAUCAAUUUCUUCGAGAAGAGAAUCAAGUCCUCCGGGAAGAGAACAAGGCUUUCCGUGUGGAGAAUAAGGUCCUCCACAAAGAGAAUCAAGAACUUCAAGAAGAGAACACAGCUCUUUCAGAGGAAAACAAGAUCCUCCAGGAGAGGAAAAUGGGUUCCUUUGAAGAGCAAAAGGUUCUUGAGAAGCAAGAAAAGGCCCUUCGAAAACAGAACAAAGCCCUUUGGGAAGAAAUCAAGGCUCUCCAGGAACAGGAUAUAGCCUUCAAAAUGGAGGAAAAAGCACUUCAGGAGGAAAUUUUGGCCUUGUGGGAGGAGAACAAGGCCUUUCAAGAGCUGAUUAAGGCUCAUGGGAAGGAUGAUAUAGCCCUAGUUCUUGAGGAAGAAGAAGAGGCUCUUCAGAAUGAAAGAAAAGCCCUCCAAGGGGAAAAAAAUGCCCUUCAUGAAGAGAACAAGGCUCUCCUUGAGGCAAAUAAGGCCCUUCAAAAGGAAAAGGAAGCCCUCAAUGAGGAGAAGAAAGCCCUCCAAGAACUGAAGAAGGUACUUCAUGGGGAGGAAUAAGUACAUCUGGGAAUAGAAGUAUCUCCAGCAGGAGAAAUAAGAACUGUAUGCAGGAUGGUGACUUAAAACUGCAACCAGAUAAUGGUCCAGUUUGCCUACUAGAAGAACAUCAUGAACAAAGGGAGAUAACUGUUUGUAGAUAAGUAAGUUGGGCUCUGUACUAAGACCUAGAAAGUACACACAUGCUGAAAGAAAUUAGGUUUCUGCAUUCUUGAUCCCAGAAACUAAUAAAGUCCUGCUGGAGGUGUGGAAUGUGA